UUUGCGGAAGUCAAGUUCCGACAACAACAUGAGCGGYUCCUGACCCGUGAUAGUUCAGAAUGGUUCGCUGUUUUCUCAUACUUUUCGCCGCUGGUUUUGUGAACGAGGCUUUUUGUCUUCAGGAUUCAUGCGAGCGGGAGCAGGAACCCGUCUCCACGGGAGAAGCCAGAGGCUGCGGCUGUGAGAAACUGAGAAGAGCCACUGCUGAGGGCAGGACGGCGUCCGACAACCCGGCUGGUAAAUACUUUACGGCGGCCAACGAGGUGAGGACUGGGGUCAAAAAUGAAGAGGAGAAGAAACCGCAAAAUCAGGUGGCUGCUGCCCCCUGGUGGCUUCCAGUCAAAGGGGCCAACUGGAAGCACCCUGAGGGUCCAGACUCCAACAUCACAGACAGGAUGGAUCAUCCUGUUGUUCACGUCUCCUGGGCAGACGCUGUCGCCUUCUGCACCUGGGCCAACAAGAGACUUCCUACUGAGGCAGAAUGGGAGUAUGCCUGCAGGGGUGGAUUAAAAGACAGACUUUACCCCUGGGGAAACAAGUUGAACCCAAAAGGGCAACACUACGCCAACCUCUGGCAGGGGGAUUUCCCCGUACUCAACUCUGGAGAGGACGGAUACGUCAAAACCUCACCGGUGAUGUCUUUUCCAGCUAAUAGUUUUGGUCUGUAUGACAUCGUGGGGAAUGUUUGGGAGUGGACCUCAGACUGGUGGACUGUGCACCACACAACAGACCCGCAGCACAACCCAACAGGUCCUCCUUCAGGCAAAGACAAAGUGAAGAAAGGCGGCUCAUACAUGUGCCACAAGUCUUACUGUUACAGAUACCGAUGUGCAGCUCGAAGCCAGARCACUCCAGACAGCUCAGCAUCGAACCUGGGUUUUCGCUGUGCUUCUCAGGAGAAACAAUAGCCUGAGCUGAACUUGAACACAAAACCUCCUCUGCUGUUUAGCUGCUGUGGGUGAACCCAUCAAMCCAGCAUUUAAAACUGAUAACAAAUCCAGUAUCUUCCAGUACUACUUCAAGGUUGUAUGUUCAGAGAUGGCAUCCUGCAAACAUCUGUAAUGCGUUUUUGUGCCUUUUCUGUCAUUACAUACCAGUCGGUCCAUUGUCCUCUGACAUUAGCAAGGCUUUUCUGCCAACACAAAUGCCUCAUUGAAUUUUUUCUCAUUUGUUUUAUUUUUCGUCAUUCUGACAUACCUUCACCACAUCUACAGUACAUGCCUAAAGGCAUUGACUUGCUGCCAUGUGAUUGWCCGAUUAGCUAUUUUUACCUAUAAAAAGUAUUCACCCCUUCUAUGUUUAUACUUUUAUUGCUGUUAUAAAAUCAACCAUAGUCAAUUUAAAGUGGCCUUUUUUUCAAAAAAAAAUCGACCCCCACCCCCCAGAAAAAGGUGUCAAAGUGAAAUCCGAGUAAUAUCAAUUAAGGAAAAAGUAUAAUGCCAAGACUUUAAUGUGGGAAAUAUUUUAUGCAGUCCUUUUUUCACCGUUCAUAUGUUUAUUGAUUUUAUAUUAAUCUGUAAAAAAAAAUUAAUUCACAAGUUUUUUUUUGUUUGCUUGUUUUUUUUAUUUGUUUUGUUUUUUGUCAAAAAAGCCAGUUCAUAUUGACAGUGACUGACUUGAAAAUAGCAAGAAAAGUUUUUGUUGUUAUUGUAAGCUCAAGACCAGUUAAAGUAAAAACUAUACAUUUAUCCUUGUAUAAUAGUGUGAAGUUGCUGUAAAACUUCAUAAAGAUUUUUGCAAACACAUCACCCUUCACUUUGGACAAACAUUAUGAAUUGCUCCAGCUGCACAUUUUUAUUUUAAAAACUUUAUUUAAUAGUUGUUAAUUUUGCUUCACUUUGCAAUUCUGCCAAUUGUUGAAUAUUUAAAUGCUUUGUUUCUAAAAGCUUUGCCAGUUUUUCCAUUCAUCAUGUAGUGAUGAGAMAUAACCACCAGGGGGCAGCACGUGUUAAUGAAUAACUUUUAAACAUGUACAAAUUGUUUUUUUAUAUGAACUAAACUGAUUUA